GUUGCGGUUUUAGGAUUGCAGCAGGAAACCAUCUUGUGAGAACUUGCCUGCAGACCCUUGAUUUGUUAGAUAUCCUGGAGAUUGUAGGAUGUCCAGGAGCCCGGGGUCUCUUCCUGCCCAACCUCCAACUCACUCUGCCUGGCAAAUCCGUUUCCUGCCCUGGACUCAAGUGCUGCCUUUGAAAAUGAGGUGGUUGGAUGAGAACAGUAGUCACCACAUAUCAGAAUCACCUGGGAUGCCACCAGACAUAGUAGUAGAUGCUACAAGAUGAGAACUUGUAGUCUUUGUAAACUUCCAAGUGAUUCUAAUGCAGAAAAUGUUUCUUUUCCUUUUUUUGGAGAUAGGUUUUUGCUGUGCACUAUACAGCCCAGUCUGGCCUCCCACUCAAGGAUCCUCCUGCCUCUACCUUCUAAGUGCUGAGAUUACAGAUGUGAGUCACCAGGCCUGGCUAAAAAAGGAGCUCUUAUGCACUAUUGAUGAAGCACGAGUUCUCCGUGGAGAUGACCUGUGAAGGCUGUGCCGAAGCUGUCUCUCGAGUCCUCAACAAGCUGGGAGGAGUUGAGUUUAACAUCGACCUGCCCAACAAGAAAGUUUGCAUCAAGUCUGAGCACAGCAUGGACACCCUGCUGGCAACCCUGAACAAAACAGGAAAGACCGUUUCCUACCUUGGUCCCAAGUAGCAUGGGCCUGGACCCUGGCCUGCAGGACGGAGUGCAGAGGGCAGGAUGCUGAUGUGGCUUCCAGACAAACCUGGGACCUGACAGUGCUGCUCAGCAAUGGAGCUCCUGCAGAGACCCUCAUUGCCCGUGCCCUCCUAGCUUUCCUGCAAUAAAGUCGAGCUGCUUUUGAUG